UUGUAUAUAAAUGCUCUCAUCUCAGAGCUUUUCCAUCCACUUCUCUUGCCUUAUUCUCCUUGGUGAAUCGGGUUUUCCUCCAUCCCAAGAUGUCCUGCACUGACCUGUGCUACCCAUCAAGUGGGCUCGCCUGCCCAAGGCCCUUUGCUGACAGCUGCAAUGAGGCCUGUGUCAGACAAUGCCCUGACUCGAGGGCAGUGAUCCAGCCACCACCAGUUGUCGUGACCUUCCCAGGCCCCAUUCUCAGCAACUUCCCUCAGGACAGCAUCGUGGGAUCCACAGGAGUGCCUGCUAUGGGCCAUGGAGCUGCUGGAGGAACUGCCCUGUCUGGGGGCGCCGCUGGUCCUGGGGGAAGUCUUGGUUAUGGAGGCUUAUAUGGGAACAAUUUUGUUUCUGGGGGCUAUGGUGGUUAUGGGGGCUAUGGUGGUUAUGGGGGCUAUGGUGGUUAUGGGAGCCUGUAUGGUUUGGGGAGCUAUGGUGGUUCUGGGGGCCUUGGUGGUUAUGGGGGCCUCUGUGGUUAUGGAGGCUAUGGUGGCUAUGGAGGCUGGGGUAGCUCCUGCUAUGGUCUUGGCUCUGGCAUCGGUUAUGGAAGAUGUUACAGCCCUUACUAUUCCCGUCGGUACCGUUACGGAAUCUGCGCACCAUGCUAAACCCAGGAGGAUUAUCCACAGAACAUGAAACUACCAGGAAAUUAAAAGCAAGACACAGAUUGAUGGCUGAAAUCAUAGUUAUGGCUUUCUGAGGUGCUGGGCACUGCCAACUCCAGUUAAAGUUAGAGGAGCUUUGCAUACUCUUGAAAUCUAUUUAUGUCUGUAGAUUCUUUACUUUAUGUCUGAAGCCUUCCAAGCUAGUUCUCUUGCUCUGUUAAACAGCCUUUUUUACAUAAAAAUGACAAUGAGUAGAAGUGGAGCAUCAAACUUCAGUGGAAACAAAGAACAAAGACGAUCCUGUUGGAGCAUGUGAUUGGCUGUUGUUCUUACUGAAACCUUGAUUGUAUAUUCUUUAUUCUCUGCUUUUGUUUCUCUGUACAGUCUCAUUAAAAUUAUACUGCAUUAUA